AGGUGAGGGUGACCGACAUGGCAGCGCUUACAGCUAGUACCCCAGGGAAUGAGAGCAGGGCUGUCAUGGCAGUAUACUCAUGGGGAGCUAACAGCUAUGGCCAGUUGUCCACGGGUAGGUGUGAGGAAAAGUGUGAGCCAGGGGAGAUAACCCUUCCAUUCAUGCCCUCACAAGCAGUAGAGCUGUCAGGAGGAGGUGGGCACAGCCUGCUGGUCACAGAGUCAGGCAAGCUGUUCACAUGUGGUUCUAACAGCAGAGGUCAGCUGGGGGUGGGGCACAGCCAGGAUGUUCUGACUCUGACCAAGGUGACACUACCUGAGGGAGCUAAGGUGCUUAAGGCUGUGGGAGGAUGGGACUUCACACUGGCUCUUACAGAGGGUGGCUUUUUGUAUGGGUGGGGUUCAAACACGUUUGGCCAGCUGGGAUUACCUGAUGUGAAGGGGCAUAUAAGCUAUCCUAGGCUUGUGGAUGUUAUUACUGAACCGCUAACUGAUGUGGCAGCAGGCUUGAGACAUGCUGCAGCUGUAACAGCCAGUGGUAUUCUCUACACCUGGGGAAGUGGCAGAAGAGGUCAGCUGGGCUGGACAGACAACACAGGAAAACCACCUGGUCAGGUGUUCACCCCAUCUCCAGUGGAUUUCCCAUCAGAUUCUGGGCGGCCUGUCUCAGUGACUGCUGGAUCCCUGCACACUGCAGCCCUCACAGACAGGGGUGAAGUGUUUAUUUGGGGUUGUAACAAGCAUGGCCAAGGCUCGCUUCCACCUAGCACAGCAAUCUCCAUAAACAAACCCUUCAGAGUGGAAUCCUUUAAGCUGGGAGACGUGCAAAUCUCCGCUGUCAGAAGUGGAUGGACACACAUUCUGUGCCAGACAGAGACGGGUUAUGUGAUGAGUUGGGGGAGAGGUGACUACGGUCAGUUGGGUCGUCCGUGUACUGAGGCCUUCUCUCACACUCCGGGGAGGAUCCCAGACUUGAUCAGGGUCAGCCAGAUAGCGUGUGGGUCUGAACACAACCUGGCUGUUACAGAUGGCAGACUGGUAUCCUGGGGAUGGGGAGAACACGGUAUGUGUGGCCAGGGAGCAGAAAGAAAUGUGGAAUACCCUCUUCUGAUUGGUCAGCUGAAGAGCACAAAGGCCACCCUGAUUGGCUGUGGAGCUGGCCACUCCUGGGCAGUGGUAGAGAUCUGAUAAAUGUGAAUGUAACAUUCAGGCAUCAGGUUUGCUGCUGCUGCUUGAAAACAUUGCAAGUCAGGAAGUAGUUCCUGGGACUGUCUGAUAAAGUUACGACGGUAUGUCUCUACACAAACAGGUUCCCCACUUUGGAGUUAUCGCUGCCUGACUUUUUUACACUGACGGGUUCCUCAGUGAGGAGUUACUGUUGUCUCUCCCUACACUAAUGGGUUCCCCACUGAGGAGUUACAGAUGUCUGUUCCUGCAUUGAUGGGUUUCCCACUGAGAAAUUACCACUGUCUGUUCCUACAUUGAUGGGUUUCUCACUGAGGAGUUACCACUGUCUGUUCCUACAUUGAUGGGUUUCCCACUGAGGAGUUACCACAGUCUGUCCCUACACUGAUAGGUUCUCCUCCGAGUAGUUUCCACUGUCUGCCC